GUUCUCCCACCUGCUAUAACAGUGGCAGAGGGCAAAAGGCAUACACACACCCUAUAAGGUGCAUGUGCACACAAACACAUGCAUGCACAAACUCGUACACGCACAGAGGCAUAUUUCAUUACAUCCUCCUGAUAGUCCAGCCAGUGGGUGUUGCAAGAGGAGGAGGGAAGGAGAGCAAGACAGUGAGCUUGAGCUUUGGAGAGAGAGAGAGAGGGAGAGAGAGACAGGACAAGGACAGGCAGAGAGCCAGAGCCAGUAUUAUAGAGAAGGAGAGCACGAACACUUAACAAGACAACAGGAGAUACUCGUGGGAACACCAGCUCACUGGAAAAAUAGAAGCAGAGAUACAGAAACAGAACAGGGGAGCUGGGGUGCAAGACAGACGUGUCAGAGAGGGUGUGGGUCUGUGUGUGUGUGUGUGUGUGUGUGUGUGAUACAGCUCAGUGUGUUUCCACGGUUCUCCUAAGGCCGUGGCAGCCAUGGCGUCAGAGCCCAGCACCCAGUCCAGGGUGAUGUUCCAGGCAAAGGCUAAAACAGAGGAGCCAGCGCAUCGCAAGCUGGGCAAGCUGACAGUCAAAUACAACCGCAAGGACCUGCAGAAGAGGCUGGAUAUUGAAGAGUGGAUCGAUGGGCAGCUGCACCUGUUGUUUGACUGUGAGGAAGAAGACAUUCCAGAGUUAGAGAUAGACAUAGAUGAGCUACUGGAGCUGUCAGAUGAGGGACAAAGAUCCCGGCUGAUGGUAAGGCUCAGCAAAUUACAACGGCUAUUUAUUUAAGCAUUCAAUCAUUUGUUGCUUAAUGGGACUGGUACCAAAAGACUAUAAUUCUGUAAAUAAAGGACAACUUGAGUCCCAACAACAACAUUUUACCACCCAGUUCCUAACUGACACCCACUAUUUGCUUUGUGGGGUUAAUAGCUUAACAAGCCCUUGACCCUUGCUGUAAUGCAACAUUGCAAUGUUUGCAGUGAGAAAGCGAUGCCAAGUGAGAAUAUUUCUGUUUUUUCUUAGGAGU